AUGCUGGAGGAACUUUACCUGGACGACGACGACAUCUCUUCUCUUCCUAACGGCCACCAAAAGUCUCAUACUGCGUCCGCACCGAGAGCGGCAGAUACUACUAUCGCUUUAGUGAAGCCCAAGCUCGAAAAUGGGCUCUUCCGCGAUUCCCUUGGCUGGCAUCAGCAAGCCCAUGUGAGCCAUGCGGAGCGUCGCAAUGGUCCCCUGACGUUCAGAUUCUCCCGUGCACUUGCUCCUCCGCGGCGUAAGAGGAAACCGCGACGCAUUGAACAGGAUGACGACCCACGGGAUCGCAUUGCCACCACUACCAUUACCACCCGGCUCAUGGGUGGCAUCCGCGGCGAUCCUUUCAAUGCUUUUCCAAUCGAGCCAAAGGAUUGUGUUCCGCAAGCAGUGGAUGAUUUUGUGCAAUCAUUUAUUCCAGAACGGAUAUUACGACCAUUUCAGGCGGUGCCAGGCAUCGAGCGCCUGGCGCACAAUUAUUUUCAACUUGUGAUUAGUGAUGUGUGCAUGUUUGAAGCAACAGUUGCGCAUGUCGAGGCGAUGAAUAUCGUUGCGAAGGGCAUUCUCAAGCCUACGAGAGAAGUCCUACACCACCAAGGCCAGGCCCUCGACCAUUUACAGAAACGCUUGGCAGAUCCCGUCAAGCGUUUGGAGGAUGUGACUUUCCACAUCAUCAUAAACAUUAUGGGCACGCACUUCUUUUUCGGCGAGCUUGAGCAGCAUCACGCCCACCUCGCUGGCUUAUGGUCACUGAUAGAGAUGCGAGGAGGCAUCGAUGAACUAGGGUGGGACGGCAGUCUGAAGCAAGCCAUAGAGACGGUGACAUCGUUUGUGCAGUAUCAAACAAAAGUGGAAACACCAACCUCGUCGCCGAACCCGACCGCAACGGCGACAAAAGUACCAGUCCUGGAAUACCCGUCACAUCCAUUCUCACCAGAGAUAUCCGUGACCAUCGCCAAACUCCCGAGAGGAUUCAGCAACGUUGCGCUGCAACGUACUUUGAGUCUCCAGACAAUAGACCUGCUUCUCGACACCCACGAACAAGACCUUGCCCACCGAAAUCGCCCACCGGAAGAUGCCCCACGGAUAGCUGGCCGCCAAAGGCUCUACACCGCCGACAAGGCGCUCGAGCUCCUCAAAGCUCAGGAUAUGCCAACAACUGAACGGAUGAUCAUCGGUGGACUGCUCGCUUACACUGUCCAAGCGCACCACGUAUACCAUCCUGACCGGACGACCAGUCCUAUAUACAUCGAACCCCUCCGCAACUUCAUCGCCGAAAUUGCGCAGUACGUCUUCGUCAACUACGAACAUCCUGUGCUGCUGUGGGUUGUGCUCUGCUUCGCCGCCAUACAAUCACACAUCACCGAGGGCGGGAUGCGCGUCGACUUCUUCCACCAUACCAUUCUCCGCUUCAAGCAGUCCCCGAAAUGGAGCCAGGUCGACAAAGCUGUAAGAGAAUUUUGCUGGACGGAAGAGAGGAUACUCGAAUGGAAAUGGGCAUGGGAAGACGCUGUAGGAAGCCACAAGCCGCAAGGGUAUGCACAAUCAAUGACCAGCGGCACGAGCAGUAGAGGUCCUAGCAUGACGCCGGAAGUCGAAGGAACGACAAUCGCGGGCAGCGUCCGAACACCAUAUCUUGGAGAAGAGGAGGCUCGGCAUGCGAAGCUGUAUGCCCUGCAGGAGGACGAGAUGGGUCUGGGGGUCAAGAUGGAAGGCUGA